GAUUUUUAAAAAUGGCAAUGCAUGAUUAUGGCUCUUUCAUUCCGAAGUGAAGAAUGGUUGACUUUGAUCGUUAUAAGAGAAUUGAUAGGGGUAAGAAGAGGCUACUGUUUAAUACCGAUUACGAGGCUGAAACUCCUGAAAAUCAUAGGUAUGGCUACUAUUUCGUAGAAAGUCCUCUUACAAAAGAAGAAGGGAAAGUAACAGAGAAGAGGAGACAAUCUGUUCCUCCUCGUCAAAAUGUCGAGAGCAACAGGAGAAAUCUGCAAAUAGAUGUUGAAGAAAAAAGCAUUAGUGGGAACAAUUACACUUUUGAGCAAACUGAGAAUCUGAAACCCAAGAAGAAAUAAGUUGAAAAGGAUAGUCUUAAGGCGAAUCUCUCCUGAAAUAUAUAAAGGUCAGAUGGACCAUUAUUCGACACUUGAUAAUCGAGACUGCAGCCAGAAGAUCAUGAACAGUAGAAGUUUGAGCAGAAAGGACUCAACCUCUAGUCAUGAGAGGAACAAGUCCCUUGAUUCCUCAUCUCUUAGGAGAGCUGGGGCCGAGAGCUUACUUUCAUCCCCUGAAAAGGAAAGAGAGAAAUUACAAAAGUUAAUGAUGUUGAGGAAGGGCUCCUAUAAAGAAACCCCACUUGGUCAGAAGAUAGAAGUUGUGAAUAACUCCUUAAGAAUCCCUAAUUAUGAGCCUUUAGGCAAGAAUGAUAGCGGUGGGAGGUAUUAUAAGCUUCCUCAGAGAAGACAUUUUGAAAACCCUUAUUCUUAAUACACCUUGAUUUCAACUUUUCA